AAUAAAUGAGGAACGCAUUGGGGUUAAGAGGAGACACCGUUCUCUCUUCAACGUUUCGGCGUUACUUCCUCUACUGUUCUAUAGAGAAGACUUUCAAUUUUAUAUAAAUACAAUUAAGAGCCACAAUCACAACAACACCGUUCUCUUGCAUCUUCAUUUGCUCCAACAAAACUAUGGCUGCUCCUACUUUCAAUCUCUCUUCUUCUUCUUCCUCAACGCCACUCUCAUCUUCCCGGGUAUCCAACCACUUCAAAUUAUUCAGUGAUUUCCCCCCUGUCAAACUGAAUUAUAAAUUUGCUUCAAGUCAUAAUGCUGCUUUUAUGGUUAAAGCUGCAUUGGUAACCGGAGGAGGUGACCUGCUUUCUUAUCCAAAAAAUAGCAAUGAUGUUGUCAUAGGUAAAGAUUUGGUUGUUGUUGAUGAGUCGAAUGGAACGUCGGCACAAGACUCCGGGAUAACAAGCGUCUUUUUCCCUACUGACAACAAUGAAUUUGAUUUGGACAGUCCCGCAGAAGGUUUCGCUUCUAUCCCUGAGGCCAUUGAAGACAUUCGCCAGGGAAAGAUGGUAGUGGUUGUAGAUGAUGAAGAUAGAGAAAAUGAAGGAGACUUGAUAAUGGCGGCACAGUUGGCAACACCUGAAGCUAUGGCUUUUAUAGUAAAGCAUGGAACUGGCAUUGUUUGUGUAAGCAUGAAAGAGGAAGAUCUUGAUAGAUUGGAACUUCCUUUGAUGGUGGACAGUAAGGCCAAUGCCGAAAAACUUUGUACAGCAUUCACUGUGACAGUGGAUGCUAAACAUGGUACAACCACAGGGGUGUCAGCUCAUGAUCGGGCAACUACUGUCUUGGCCCUUGCGUCUAGAGAUUCAACUCCAGCUGAUUUCAACCGCCCAGGCCAUAUUUUUCCACUAAAAUACAGAGAUGGCGGUGUCUUGAAGAGAGCUGGACAUACAGAAGCUUCAGUUGAUCUUACCGUACUUGCUGGUUUGGAUCCGGUGUCAGUUUUGUGUGAGAUUGUAGAUGAUGAUGGUUCCAUGGCUAGAUUGCCUAAGCUUCGCCAAUUUGCCAAGCGUGAGAAUUUGAAAAUUGUAUCUAUUGCCGACUUGAUAAGAUAUAGAAGAAAGAGAGACAAAUUAGUAGAGUGCUCUUCUGCUGCAAGAAUACCUACAAUGUGGGGGCCAUUCACAUCAUACUGUUAUAAGUCUCUGUUAGACGGGAUUGAGCAUAUUGCAAUGGUUAAGGGUGACAUUGGAGAUGGACAAGAUGUUCUUGUUAGGGUACACUCGGAGUGUCUAACUGGAGACAUAUUUGGAUCUGCCAGAUGUGACUGUGGAAAUCAGCUUGCACUUGCAAUGCAACAGAUUGAGGCAGCCGGUAGAGGUGUACUUGUAUAUUUACGCGGACAUGAAGGUAGGGGUAUUGGAUUGGGCCACAAGCUCCGUGCUUAUAACCUACAGGAUGAUGGGCGCGAUACCGUAGAAGCCAAUGAGGAGUUGGGAUUGCCUGUUGACUCUAGGGAGUAUGGCAUUGGUGCGCAGAUACUGAGGGAUCUAGGUGUUCAAUCUAUGAAGUUGAUGACUAACAAUCCAUCAAAAUAUAUUGGUCUCAAAGGUUAUGGUUUGACUGUUUCUGGUAGGAUCCCAUUGUUAACUCUUAUCACUUCAGAGAACAAGAGAUAUUUGGAGACAAAACGUGUGAAAAUGGGCCACAUCUAUGGCACGGAACAUAACAGUGGCAAUGUUAAAACCGAUAGUGUUGAAGAUUCAAAUUCAAACGGAGUUACUAGCCUUUGAAGCCUUAGAAGAGGAAGUAGAAAUUAACACUGCAGCUGAAUCCAAAAUGUGACAGUUGAAUAAUUCUAUUUAUGAAUGAUUAUUUGCAUAAUUGUUUUGCCUGGUUUUCUUCAACCAGUCACUACUUAAUUAGACUUCAUUCUGAAACUUAGUGUCAUUCAUUAUAAGAUAAGGCCAUUGCCAAAACCAAUCUCUGGUUUCCUUGUCUUUCUUUUGUUGUCUAUUAUAGAGAUUCAUCCAAACUAUCGUAUUGUAUUGUAUCAUUGGAAUAUAUCAACCAUGUUUCUUUCUUCA